AUGAAUAUUUAUACUACAUUUACUUUAAGCCAAGUACAAACCAUUUCAGCGAUUAUCCUAAGUAUCUUGGGUAUUGGAUGGAUAUUUUUCGUAUCAAAUGUCGUAAGGAUUAAGGCAUUAAAUUUAAUUAAGAAUCCCAAUGUCGGCGAAGUACCUAUUUUGGAAACUAUAACACCGACCAAUAUAGUGGAAGUUUAUAAAAUGGUACGCUUAAGGGGUAUACGUAUGGUAUAUUUAUCAACUAUCAGCACAGUGGUUAUAAUUUGUUUAAUACUCACGAGCUUUGAUGGAAUUAUUGUUGUAAAUACCAUAAAAUAUGUUGAAACAUGUAAAACAACUACUUUAAUGUCACAAGCACAAAUAGCAAACGCUAAUCAUAGAUCAGCACUUGGUUCCGGUGCUGAAAUAGAAGCAAUGAUGAAUAAAAGAAACAAAAGUGGUGUACCAGAUGGUAUAUUAGUAGGUCAAGUCCCGAAAGAUAAUCGUUGGAAAUUUAAUCCUAACCUUGAUGUUGAUCCUUAUACUUGGAAAAGUUCAUGUUUGCCCUACAAAUCUGGAAUAACUCAAGUAAAUAUGAACACUUCUAUAUUUGCUGGAAUACCUGGUCUACGUGAAGCAUUGCCAGAGAUACACGCAGAAUACAUAUUUCGUAAUGGUAUUGAUGGUCACAAUUAUACUGACUAUAAUUAUACAAGAGGAACAUAUGGAACAUAUAUAUAUUAUAAUAGAACAGAAGGUACUAAUCCCUAUUGGGCGAAUGGUGCUUUUAUUUCACUAGUAGAAGAGUUUACUCGAGGAAACUUUUCUUUAAUUGGAACCAAAUAUAUGAACAGGAUAUGGACACUUAGAGUGCCAGAAUCGACCAGAAUCCAUUAUUAUCCAGAUAAUGUUGAAAUGAAUAAUGAAAUUGUAUCAGUACCCAUUGUUGUAAAGGCGUAUACAUGUGAAAUGGAACGUUUUAAAGAAGGUGACUAUGGAGGUUACAAUGUAUUAGAUCAAAUUAUUGAAUCAAUGAGAAUUACAAUAAGUGAUCUCGUCGGAAGAAAGUGGAAUUUAGCAGUUAUAAAUGGUGAUGAUACUUCAAAAUACGAAUUAACACCAGAACAUUGGGCAUCGUAUAUGACCAUAAAAGAUACUCAAACAGCAACAGUUAAAGAAGUACCCGUACAAUUAAAUAUAUCAUGUAUUUCGAUACAUCCUGUAUAUAUUUUUUUAAUAAGUACAUACGUAAUAAUGAUUAUUAUAGGAUCUAUAUGCAGGCUAAUAAUUUACAAAAGCGAUCUAAAAGUACCGAAUGGUGUUAUUGAAUGGGCUGGUCUUAUUUGUAGAGGAUCUAUUACUAAUAGUAACGAGUAUAGUGACUUGUAUGAUUAUAAUUUUAGAAUUACUUCUGAUAAAAAUAAUAUUGAAAUAUCUUUUAAAAAUAAGUGA